AUAAUGUUGUGAGCAUUGAGUGAAUGAAUACGUGUUUGUCGUCACUAUUAUUGGGCUUUCAAUUGAGUAUUGAUUUCAUUAUUGGUUUUGCGUUUGAAUUGCGAUUCAAUUCAAAUGACGAUUAAAAUGACCGCUAAUUGCGUGAAAUCGACAAAAAUGAGCCGUCAUUUCAAUUCGAUGCGAAAUCACUCCUCUUUGGUGGAAAGGGUGCGGAAGUCGUUAUAUUACGGGAGCAUAAAGUGUGGAUCGCAUGAGACGAUCGAUUAUCCGUCGAUGCCUUUGACGGAAGUGACGGUCGAGUUGUUCGAGAAGACGGUCACCUCCGGCGCCGAAGGGCUCGACGUGUUUGACAUGACUUUCGCGGCUCAGGUGUCGCGCGAGGCGUGCAUUACUCCCACGUCUAUCAUGUUAUCAAUGAUUUAUUUGGAAAGACUUAAAGCCAAGAAUCCCGAGUACUUGAGACGCGUCUCCACUUGUGAUCUCUUUCUCGUCUCUAUUAUGAUAGCCUCGAAGUUCCUGUUCGAUGACGGAGAGGAGGACGAGGUGUUUAACGACGAGUGGGCCAACUCUGCCAACAUUGAUGUCAAACAACUGAACCGUUUGGAGCGCGAGUUCUUGAAUGCCAUCAAUUGGUCGCUGUUUGUCGACUGCGAGACAUUUCUGCGCCAAUUAUCCAAAGUAGAGGCACUCAUAUCAGUGAAUCAGUCUAACAAAAGGGGUGCCAAUGGUAUGACAUAUACGGAACUGUUGUCUCUCUUCCAAUACUCUAAGACCCGUAAUAAGGGUGACCUCCUGUCGGCGAUCGUCCAAUCGGUGAGCAAACUGUUGGUGAUGUCUUCGAUGGCCUAUUGGGCGGCUGUAUUGGCAUUAGUGGCGUCGACAGCGAUCACCAAAUCCUUAUUGGAACCCAAUUCUCAACAAACACUCGGAAAUCAAUCUCUCGUCGCAAACGAUUCGACACUUAUUUACACAAUGAAUCCAUUGCGGGAAACGCUCUCCGAAUGGUCUUACGAUACGAGUCUAUGUGAUGAACGAAAUGCCAAAAUCGAUCACAUUUUAUACAUUGCGAACGCAAAGCCCUAUAAGAAAGUGACACAAAAUAUUGAUAUCUCUUCCAAACGAAAAGUCAUUAACAUUUGUUUCGAUUCCCGACCGAAGAAGCAUUCAUUUGGCUAUUAUUCUAAAUAUUAAGACUAUUCUUCUCUCGUCUGUAGUUUUGUGAUGAAAACUUUCCAUUCAACUAUUUAACAAAUCCAUUAAAGUGUAUCAAACUUUGACUUUAAAUCCAAUAAUAACUCAACUGUUUUAUGUUUUAUACAACUAA